ACCUACUCUCUUCCUACCGCAGCAAAGUCGUGGAAGUGCAAGUGCUUCUUUCUUACUAAUAACUAAUUAAACAAUUAAUCAGCUAUUCAACUUUAAUUUUCCAUUUGGCAACUUGGCUAGAAGUGGCUGCUUCCUCUUGUUUAUAUAUAUAUUAUUUUUUGGAGACGUUUUUGUUUCAUAAUUUGGUUUUGGCGUAAAAAAAAAAGUUACAGGAUUCUUGUAAUAAAAAGGAAAACUAAAUUGAGGUACUUUUUGAUCAUUUAAAACUUGUGUCCAGUUUUAUUUUUGGUAUUCGCUUGCAAGAUUAACCGUCGACGAAAUUCAAUUUUGAACUGUGUUUUCUAAUUCAAGAGAUUGCGAAGAUAUUGGAAUAAUUAAUCAAAACUUCCAUUUAAUUUGAAAGCUUGAAAAUUACAUUGUACGAAUUCUUGGAGAAUGUCAAACACAAACUUUAAUUCUCAGUCUUCUAAACAAUUACCUGAACUCCCAAACUUGGAGGUUUUGCGAAGCUUAUGGCCUUCUCAACCGUCAAACGAAUCUAAUGACUCUAGAAGUGUCUGGUCAAGCAGACCAGCGGAACCCGUCCAUGUACUUUCAAAUCCUACUGCGAAUAGUUUUACUUCUCCUUUAAAAAGACCGGCUCCCGAUUCUCGUGAGGCCCCCAUUGGAAGAAGAAUUAUGAUUGAUGAUCCACGCUUAGCGAAGCCAGUGAAAUAUGAUUUUACUCGCCAUUGUACUGAUUAUGGCCAUUCUUAUGAGUGGCCUUACUUUCGCUCUGUUCGUCGUGAAUCGUUAAUGUAUGGACCGCCUUCUGCUGUUCCUCCUGAGUCUCCUGUUUUCCCACCAUAUCCUCCCGAGUCAGCUACGCUGCAAUCCAAAUACUAUCCAGCCCAAUCUGAUGCACCUGCCGCGUAUUAUGAUCGCGCUCGUUUUGAAUUGCAACCUCCUUCAAAGCGAAGAACAUUGAGUCCUCCACCAAGGAGAAUCGUUGACCCAUAUGGUCCUCGUUUUACUGAGGAUGAUCCCUACUCAAAAUCACCAUAUGCAAUGGCUGGCGAUCGUCCUCCAUUAUCAGCUCCCAUGUAUCCUGUUGGCUAUCCUCCGUAUGGUGCGAAAGCUUCCUCUCAGCUUGGUGCUGAUGAUUUGCGUGGUACCACUAGUAGAUAUCCCUUGAUGGCUAGUGAUGUUCGUGCUUCUCAUUCUCCUAGCCUUAUUGACCCUUAUGCCCAUCGUUCUGUUGCAGAUGUUCCUUAUGCGGAUCACCCUCAUUACUCAGUGAACGCUGAGCCUUAUUCAGCACCUCCUCCCAGAAAGGAAAAACCUAAGCCGCGUGCUCCCACUCCCCCUCCGCUAAAUUUUGCGAGAGCAAGUGAAUAUAGAAAUGACAAAGGCGAACGGAUAUCUAUGAUUAACCCUCGUGUGAUUCUUGACGAAAGUGGAAUUUCACAUCGCUCUCGUUAUUUUAUUAUGCUUUGUGACAACGAAACAGCGAUUGCCCAUGCAAAGAAAACCUCUAUUUGGGCUGUAAAGCACGAAGCAGCUUCUCGUGUAUCUGAUGCAUAUAAGAAGGCUAGUAUCUAUUUUAUUUUUAUUGCAAAGCCGACAAAUAAUGCUCUUGGUUAUGCUCAAGUCGUGAGUGAUUUGAACAGUGCAGAACUCCCUUUUUGGGCAGAUAAUGCUACAUACGCCGGAGGCGUUCGUGUGAAAUGGAUUAAAACUUGCAAUCUUUUCUCUGCUGAAAUCUCUGAUAUCGUUGGACGAAUGAAUCACGGAAUGACUGCUAAAGAUGGAAUGGAAAUGAUGUACGACGAGGGAUGCCGCCUUUGUAUUUUGGUUAACUCGGCCAUCAUGAAGCGAAUUGGACGUGAUCGGUAAUGGGUUUGUAAACAUAAAAAAUAUCUGUUAAACUGCUGAUGCAAUUUUACGCGUCAAAGUUUCAACUUUUAUAUAAAAAUUUUAGUGCAAGUAAAAAAAAUGAAACUCGCUUCAAAAACGUUGAUUGAUUAGAUACUUAUUCGUGAAAUAUGAAUUUGCACUCGAGGGAAAUUUAUAUCUUACAAAUUCAUAAAUCGGAUUUACUUCGCUUUUAGGUAUUGAAUCAGUCAAAUUUAAUAAUGCCUAGUUUAACUUCGUACUUAAUGAAAAGUUUUGGUUACUGAAUCAGUAAACAUUCUCAAAGCUGAUUUCUCAGCAUUUUCGAAGUUUUAAAUUCUUGGUUAAAAAAAUAGAGAAUAUGAUGAAAAUUGCAACAUUAUUUUUUUUUCUUUUUCAUUUUCUU